AUGUGCGAUCUGCGACGACAUCUCGAACAGACCGGGCAGCUCCAGUUUCAAGAUGCUCACCAACUGCAGCUCGUGAACGCGGCAGAGUGCAACAAGCCACAAUCGACAGAGCCACGCCAGGAAGAGGACGAGAAGAGGAAGAAGUGGAUGCCACGCGCUGGUCGUGGGGAGCGGCUCGAAAUCGGCUACGAAGUGGAAGAGGUCGUGCGCCUCCAGAGCAGAGCUCGACGAGGCCGCGACGAAGGGUUCUACUUCGUGCACAUCCCCAUGGGCCAGCUGGGCCAGCGCCUGCACGAGCUGCGGCCCUUCAUCGCCGAUGAGGUGCGGGCCGCCGCUACACGCGCGCUGCUGGUGGCGGCGGUGAUGAGACCUCCUAACCACAGCCAAACCUCCAACAACAUCAACAACAACGGCGACCAGCACAGCCACCUGGUGACGCAGCAGCUGCGGGCCAUCGGGUUCGACCGAGUAUACAACCUCGCCGGCGGUCUGGCGGCGUGGACCGCGCGCAUCGAUGACUCCCUCCCCUCCUACCACCACUGA